AUGGAUCCCGAUGCUCCACCAGAACGUCACGCACCACCUCCCAAACCACCAACCUACAGCUUCAUCACUAUUAAUGACCCCAAGGAAACCAAGUCUCGGUCCAAGAAGCGAGAGGUCAGGUCUGCAGUGGCUUAUUACCAGCAUCACAAAAACGACAACGAUGAGGCUGAGAUGGGCGGCACGAGAAGGCGGGGUUGGAAGCGAAGAGAUCAGACUAGGUCCCCAGUGAUGCUCAAGCAUGAGUCCAGCCAGUCGACGAUUUCCGAAUCGACAUCCACUGCUCAAACAACUCCUGCUGAGGAGAAGCCAGAAUGGGUUACUGAAUGGAAUGUUGCCUACCAGCCGGAUACCACCUUCCGUAGGAUAAGAGCGGAUCCUUUCAGUUCUUACCCCGUGCCUUGGAAUCCUGCCUACGAACCCAUACUGAAUUUUUGUAAGCUGCAUUCUCUUUAUGACUGUUACGAAAAUAUAACCCAAAUUUUAAUCGACACCCCAGCAGUAUCCGAGCCAGGCAAAGUGUUUCGUCUCAGGACUGUCUGGUUCCCCUUGGUCAUGAUGAGCAGUACGACUUUCUACGCAGCUCUCACACUGGCAGGUUCUAUUUUUCAUGCACGUCGUCAGCUCCCUCUCGAUGCUCCAGCCUUGCUUGAAAUCCGCCAAAAAGCAAUCUCAUCCAUCAACGCCACGCUCUCCAACAAAGAGGAUUGCAAGACUGAUCAGACAAUCGGUGCUGUACUUUGUCUAUCCAUCUUGGAGUCUUUCCUUGGCCACCCGGAGCUGUUUCAGAUGCACAUGGCCGGUCUAGCGAAGAUGGUGCGAAUGAGAGGAGGACUGGACGGCUUGGGGCUCGAAGGGCUGUUGAGAAGAAUGAUUGUCUGGUUGGAUUUCAAUCACGCCAGUUUAUUCGGUACAGACCUAGUGUUCGACGAGAGUAUCGAGGUCGAGACGAGGCUAAGUCCGUUUAGACACCCAAGAUCUAGAGGCUCUUCACCCACAGAUUGUAAUGCGGUCACGUAA